CCUUUGACCAGCGGAAGUUGUCAUCGUUGAUUGAACAUUGGCAAGCAAUUGCCAUGGCCGUGUAAAUCAGGAACUGCAGACAUCCAUGCACAUACGCAGUCAUCCCCGGUGGCUCAUCCUGACGCGUCUCGACAUGGCGCCUCGAUUUCCCAAAUCCCAUCAUGUCCAUUAAGCCCUUGCCAGAGGACGUCACCCGCCGCAUCAGGUCCUCAGCCACAGUUACGUCUCUUAACGGCGUCGCAUGCGCUCUCGUCAAGAAUUCCCUCGAUGCCGAGGCCACAAGGGUCAAUAUUACUAUCGACUAUUCUCGUGGCAAUUGCACGGUUGAGGACGACGGGCUAGGCAUUCUACCGGUUGAAUUCCAAGAGAAUGGAGGACUGGCCAAACAGCAUCACACAUCAAGACUCUCGCCCGAGACAGACUGCCACGGUGUCAACGGCAACUUCCUAGCCUCUGUUGCCGCUCUAUCUCUGCUCUCCAUCACCUCCCACCACCAUCUCUACAACUCGCAAAACUCAGUCACCAUUCACAACUCAAAGGUCUUGGCACGCAACAUCCCUGCCCUACCGGAGCAACGCCUAGUGACCUUCAGCCAUGGAACCCGCGUCACCGUUAGAGACUUGUUUGGCUCCAUGGCCGUCAGAGUCAAGCAGAGAGCUGCAGCCUCGGAAAAAGUCGCAGUGGACAAGGAAUGGGGCCGAUUACUUCAUGACCUCACUGCUCUGUUGCUAGCCUGGUCUUCGAAUGUUGCUCUCUUCGUCAGAGACAGUGUCAACAACAACGAGACACGCUUCAGGCCCAAUAAAACACCUCAGUCGGACUUGGUCUUGUGGACGGCUUGGAUCAAGUAG